UAUUGAAAGAAAUAAUAAAUAAAGCUUUGUUGCAAAAACGGUGAAUAGUAAAAUAUUGUCUCGUAGGAAAGUUGUUAAUGUCAAGAUGGCAUCAGCCAAAAGAACCACAAUGUCACUGUAUAAAUCUCUGCUGCGAGAGAGCAAGAAGCUGAAUUCAUAUAAUUUUAGAAUGUAUGCCCUUGACAAAAUACGUCAUGAUUUUCGAGCCAACAAGAAUGUUACAGAACCAGCUCAGUUGGAUGUGUUGUUGAAGAAAGCCAGAGAAAACUUAGAUGUAAUUAAACGGCAGGCUGUUAUAGGUCAUAUGUAUGGCGAGGGACAUCUGGUCAUAGAGAAUAGACCGUCUCAGAGCCAGUCAACCACGUGAUCCGUUAUUGAGGUUGUGAACUUGUGCUUAUUAAUUGACCAUCGAUUGAAGAACUGUGGACUUUCUUCAUUUGUUUGCUUUCCUAGAACUGAUGUGGCAAACAACAUCUCACUGCUUGCUCAGAUCAAAAUAUGUUUCUCAGCAACUAAUUAAAAAUUAAUAUAAAUAAGUACCAUAAACAUUUCUUCUUUUUUUGAAGGAAAAAGAAUUUAGGAACUGUUAAAGAGAUGUUAAAAAUCAGGUCACCUCACAUAUGGAAUUUAUAUAAGUGAUGGUGUCAUGAAAUGGUGUUUAUUCUGUGUGUUAAAUAGCAGAGAAUGGUAUCCAUUACCAUUUGAACAUUUAUAAUAAAAUAUUGUAUUCCAA